AUGGCCCCCGUACAGAUUGGUUCAGAUGGCCAAUUGGUGCCUGCCGGGGGUCCCACAUCGGCUCUCCAACCUCCUCCUCCAGGGGCUCCCUCUGGGACUCCGGCCACACACGGGGUCCGACUGAGUGUGCUGAUUGAGUUUCUCCUCCAGAGGACUUACCAUGAAAUCACCCUGCUGGCCGAGCUCCUUCCCAGGAAGACAGACAUGGAACGGAAAAUCGAGAUUGUGCAGUUUGCCAGCCGGACCCGGCAGCUCUUCGUCCGCCUGCUGGCUCUGGUGAAGUGGGCCAGCAACGCUGGGAAAGUGGAGAAGUGCGCGAUGAUCUCCAGUUUCCUAGACCAGCAGGCCUUCCUGUUUGUGGACACGGCAGAUCGUUUGGCAUCGUUGGCGAGGGAUGCCCUCGUGCACGCCCGCCUGCCCAGCUUCGCCAUCCCCUUCGCCAUCGACGUGCUCACCACAGGGUCCUACCCCCGCCUGCCCACCUGCAUCAGGGAUAAGAUUAUCCCCCCUGACCCCAUCACCAAGGCAGAGAAGCAGGCCACCCUCAGUCAGCUCAACCAGAUUCUGCGGCACAGGCUGGUCACCACAGAUCUGCCACCCCAGCUGGCCAACCUCACUGUGGCCAACGGGCGUGUCAAGUUCCGGGUGGAAGGGGAGUUCGAGGCCACGCUGACGGUCAUGGGAGACGAUCCAGACAUACCCUGGCGGUUGCUCAAGCUGGAGAUCCUAGUGGAAGACAAGGAGACGGGAGAUGGCCGCGCUCUGGUCCACAGCAUGCAGGUCAGCUUCAUCCACGAGCUGGUGCAGUCCCGGCUGUUCGCUGACGAGAAGCCGCUGCAGGACAUGUACAACUGUUUGCAUUCCUUUUGCCUGUCGCUGCAGCUGGAGGUGCUGCACUCCCAGACCCUGAUGCUGAUCCGUGAGCGCUGGGGCGACCUCGUCCAAGUUGAGCGCUACAUCCCCGCAAAGUGCCUCACCCUUGCCGUGUGGAACCAGCAGGUCCUGGGCAGGAAGACGGGUACUGCAUCAGUCCACAAGGUGCACAUCAAGAUUGACGAGACGGACGGCUCCAAGCCCUUACAGAUCUCCCACGAGCCUCUGCUUCCAGCCUGCGACUCCAAACUCAUGGAGCGAGCCAUGAAGAUUGAUCAUCUAUCUGUGGAAAAGUUGCUGAUAGACAGUGUUCAUGCCCGCUCUCAUCAAAAAUUGCAGGAACUCAAAGCCAUUCUUAAGAACUACAACCCCAGCGAUAAUUCUUUCAUAGAAACUGCUCUUCCCACGCUGGUCAUCCCAAUUCUGGAGCCCUGCGGCCGUUCCGAGUGUCUCCACAUAUUCGUUGACUUGCAUUCCGGAACAUUCCAGCCGAUGCUUUACGGAACCGAUCAGUCAACACUGGACGAAAUGGAGAAGUCCAUCAACGACGACAUGAAGCGUAUCAUCCCUUGGCUUCAGCAGCUCAAGUUCUGGCUGGGGGAGCAGCGCUGCAGGCAGUCCGUCAAACACCUGCCCACCGUGUGCUCCAAAACCCUGCAUCUCUCCAACGCCGCCUCCCAUCCGGCCGGCAGCCUCUCCAAACACCGCCUCUUCAUCCGGCUCACGCGCCUCCCGCAGUACUACAUCGUGGCGGAGAUGUUCGACGUCCCCGGCUGCCCCACGGAGCUGGAGUACAAGUACUACUUCCUGUCGGUGACCAUGCUGGAGGGGGACGAGGGCCCCCCAAGCGCCCAGCUGCUGCAGCAGUUCAAGCCCAACCUGGAGGAGCUGGUCCUGGAUGCCACACCAGGACGGGGGGCCAAGUCGGGGACAAAAAGGAAGUUAUCUGGGGACCAGGGCGCCAUUGAGCCCAAGAAACCCAAGCGGGCGGGAGAGAUGUGUGCGUUCAACAAGGUUCUGGCCCACCUUGUAGCCAUGUGCGACACCAACAUGCCCUUCAUCGGACUCCGCUGUGAGCUGUCCACCAUGGAGAUUCCUCACCAGGGAGUGCAGGUUGAAGGGGAUGGCUGCAGUCAUGCCAUUCGCAUUCUGAAGAUCCCCCCCAGUAAGGGCGUGAGCGAGGAGACGCGGAGGGUCCUGGAGCGCUCCCUGCUGGACUGCACGUUCCGCCUGCAGGGCCGGAACAACCGCACCUGGGUGGCAGAGCUGGUCUUCGCCAACUGCCCGCUCACCAGCACUUCCAGCAAGGAGCAAGCGUCCACGCGGCACGUUUACCUGACCUACGAGAACCCCCUUUCGGAGCCGGUGGGGGGGCGCAAGGUGGUGGAGAUGUUCCUGAAUGACUGGUGCAGCAUCGCCCAGCUCUACGAGUGCGUCCUGGACUUUGCACGGUCGCUUGGAGACAUGCCCUCCUAUUUAAGCCUGUUCUCUGAAAUCCGGCUCUAUAAUUACCGCAAGCUUGUCCUGGGCUACGGCAGCACUAAAGGAAGCUCAAUCACGAUUCAGUGGAACUCUGUGACCCAGAAGUUUCACAUCUCUCUGGGGACUGUGGGGCCCAACUCAGGCUGCAGUAAUUGUCACAAUAUCAUCCUUCAUCAGCUUCAGGAAAUGUUCAAUAAGACACCCAGUGUGGUCCAGCUCCUGCAGGUGCUGUUUGACACGCAGGGUCCUCUCAAUGCCAUCAAUAAGCUGCCCACUGUGCCCAUGCUGGGUCUGACCCAGAGGACCAACACGGCCUACCAGUGCUUCUCCAUCCUGCCACAGUCUCCCACGCACAUCCGCCUGGCCUUCCGCAACAUGUACUGUAUCGACAUCUACUGCCGCAGCCGAGGCGUGGUGGCCAUCCGCGACGGGGCCUACAGCCUCUUUGACAACACCAAGAUUGUGGAGGGCUUCUACCCUGCGCCUGGUCUUAAGACAUUCCUGAAUAUGUUUGUGGACAGUAACCAGGACGCCCGGCGCCGGUCCGUCAACGAGGAUGACAACCCCCCGUCGCCCGUGGGGGUGGAUGUGAUGGAUGCUCUCAUGUCCCAACUGCAGCCUCCUCCAGGCCAGCCCCAGCCAUUUGGGAAGCAGGCAGGUGGGACAGGAGUCUACCCCAUAACGUCGCCCCCCACCUCCUACCACACAGGAGUGACCCCUUCGCCUUCCAUGAUGCCUACGCAGUCCCCAGGGACCAUCCACGCCGCCAGCUCCCCGAGCGGCGCGCUGCGGGCCCCUUCGCCGGCAUCGUUUGGCCCCACCCCGUCUCCCUCCUCUCUGGGGAUUUCAAUGGGGCAGACGUCCAACUUUGCCAGCCCGCACGGCACCCUGGACCCCAGCUCUCCUUACGCCUUGAUGUCGCCUGGUCAGCGCUCCAGCAACUGGCCGGGCUCGCCCCAGGUGUCCGGCCCCUCGCCCGCCGCUCGCAUGCCGGGGAUGUCGCCAGCCAACCCUUCCCUGCACUCCCCCAUCCCUGACGCCUCACAUUCCCCUCGCGCCGGGACGAGCUCCCAGGCAAUGCCGACAAACAUGCCGCCUCCUCGUAAGCUACCUCAGCGCUCCUGGGCGGCCUCCAUCCCCACCAUCCUGACCCACAGUGCCUUGCAUGUCUUGUUGCUGCCAUCGCCCACCCCCUGUCUGGUGCCUGGCCUGGCUGGCAGCUACCUGUGUUCCCCGCUGGAGCGCUUCCUGGGCUCGGUUAUCAUGAGGCGUCACCUGCAGAGGAUCAUCCAGCAGGAGCCCAACCUCCAGAUUGUGAAUUCCAAUGAGCCAGGGGUGAUCAUGUUCAAGACGGAUGUGCUCAAAUGCAGAGUGGCCCUGAACCCCAAGACCUACCAGACCCUACAGCUCAAGGUGACCCCUGAUAACACAGGGCCUUGGUCCCAGGAGGAGCUGCAGGUCUUGGAGAAGUUCUUUGAGACCAGGGUCGCUGGACCACCCUUUAAAUACAACACACUAAAUGCCUUUACCAAGCUCCUAGGGGCUCCCACACACAUCCUCAGGGACUGUGUACGCAUCAUGAAACUGGAGCUGUUCCCAGACCAGGCCACCCAACUGAAGUGGAAUGUACAGUUCUGCCUCACCAUCCCACCCAGCGCCCCGCCUAUCGCGCCUCCCGGGACCAUCGCCGUGGUGCUCAAGUCUAAAAUGUUGUUCUUCCUCCAGCUGACCCAGAGGCUGCCCGUCCCCCAGGAGCCCAUCAGCAUCAUCGUGCCCAUCGUCUACGACAUGGCCACUGGGCUGACGCAGCAGGCGGACAUUCCCAGACAGCCCAGCUCCUCAGGGGCCGCCGCCCUCAUGGUCAGCAGCAUCCUCAAGAGGUUCAACGAGAUGCACCCCCCCCGGCAGAGUGAAUGCACGAUAUUUGCGUCUGUUCAUGAACUGAUGGCAAACCUCACACUGCCCCCUGGUGGACGACCGUAGCACAUCUCGUGGUGUUCAAGAAACUGGACUCUGAAUCCAUAGUGAUCCGAGGGCGUCAAGCAUAGCGGGCAAACUGAUGUCUAAAAUAAUUCCACGUUCCUCAGACUUCAGAUUUCGAACUUUGCUGCGCCUGGCAUAUGGCAACUUUAAAAAAAAAAAAAGAAAUGUAUUAAUGAAAAAGUAGCCAUAGAACACUUUAAAAAUAAAAUACUACAGCAAAUCGAUGGUCUCCUCUCUUGAGGCAGUCCAUGUCUGAAGUAAUUCAAAGAGCUAAAUGAAAAGUAAGAUUUUAUUUUUUCAGAGAUGCACUUCUUAAAUAGGAAAAGAAAUGUGAUAGUUGGUUUUGAUUUGUUUACCUGCAGCCGUAUUUUGUUUUUAAUGCAGUUUCAAGGAAACAUCCAGCCUGAUAUCCUCUUUGUAUGAAACUUUAUUCGAAUUCCUUUUUUUUAAAUAACCGCAACACUGAUGUCUGGGGUAUUUAAUAUUGCAUUCUUUAUUAGUACUGUAUUUAAAUGUCUUUCUUUUAAAUGUCAUGGCUUAAAUUAAACAUUUACAUUCAAACCUGCCCCUUUGAAUACUGUAAAUCUGUGACAAACUUUAUAAUUAAGCUGUAUUUUAUUACGAGUGGAUUUCUGUCUUGAAGGAAUCCGAGGCCUGUUAUAGCCCCUGGGGAGGGAGGGGUAUUUAAUAAACAGACAAAGAAAUCCA